AGUGCAAGAGAAGCCGCCGAGGUCUACUUAACGUUGGCCUCCGACGACAAAAGCUCAUGUCACAACAAUGGCGUCGAUUCUGAUUGCGUCGGAGGAGAGAUCGGAGAUUGCAUUCUUCGACCUCGAGACGGUGGUUCCCACCAGAACCGGCGAACCAUUCGCGAUUAUCGAGUUCGGAGCGAUCCUUGUUUGCCCUAAGAAGCUCGAGGAGCUCAACAGCUACUCCUCCCUGGUCCGACCCUCCGAUCUCUCUCUCAUCUCCCCUCUUUCCACUCGCCGAAGCGGCAUCACCCGUGAUGCUGUCGUCGCCGCUCCGACAUUCGCUGAGAUCGCCGAUGAUGUCUUCGACAUUCUCAACGGGAGAAUUUGGGCGGGACACAAUAUAGUGAGGUUUGAUUGUGUCAGAAUAAGAGAAGCAUUUGCAGAAAUCGGCCGAUCGCCACCCGAGCCGAAGGCUACAAUCGAUUCUCUGCCGCUGCUGUCUCGGAAGUUCGGGAAGAGAGCCGGAGACAUGAAGAUGGCGUCUCUGGCUGCGUAUUUCGGGCUGGGAGAUCAGGCACACAGGAGCCUAGACGAUGUCCGGAUGAAUCUCGAGAUCCUCAAGUACUGUGCUACCGUCUUGUUUCUGGAAUCCAGCGUCCCGGACGUACUAACCGCUAUGAGUUGGUUCUCCCCGAGGACUAGCCCGAGGAGGCGAAGUAACGAGAAGCCGUCGCCUAAUGGCAUCAAAGCAGCAGUCGAUUCUUCCUUCUCGAGCGCAAAACUCGAUCUGAAUUCGUCUUCUACGGAUUCUGAAGAAGGAGAAAACAAUCCCAUGACUUCUCUUCUGGAACAUAGCUCGGACGUAGAUUCAUCGAAAUCAGCUUUUUCAAAGUCAUGUGACGCAGAUCCAUCCGACAUAAGCACCCUGUUUAACAAGUUAUGCCUCGAAACCCUUCGGGAUGAUGUUUCACCCGAAGCGAACACUGAGCCACAGCAUAGCAAUGCCGAGGACAAAGCAUUUCUGGGUAUGGACGAAGUAUCUAUACAUAGUAUCAAGGCGAGACUCGUGCUGUCUUAUUUUCGUAACCAGAAAAUCAAGCUUUUCCACGACGAUGAUGCUUUGCAACUCCAUUGUCGUGGCUUGAAAGUUCGGUUUGGUAUGAGCCAGAAGUUUGUCGAUAAUGCUGGUCGGCCCAAGUUGAACUUCGUAGUUGACGCACCUCCUAGUUUAUGCAAGAUCUUGGACGCAUCUGACGCUGCUGCACGUAAUUUAUCGGUUGAUUCGGGAAGAAGCUCAGAGUGGAGGCCCGUUAUUAACAAGAAAAACGGCUUCGCAACCGCAAGAUUGCACAUUACCACAGAAGGUAAUGGACAUGAUGCCCAGCUUGGAACCCUACUAUACCUGGAAAAACCUACCAAACCAGCCGAAAAGCUAGUUUUCGGCGUCACCGAUUUCGAGAAGCUCGAGUCGUUGCUUCUUCCUGGGACCAUGGUUGAUGCGUUUUUCUCUGUAGAUUCAUAUGAUUUUCAGCAAAUGGCGGGCAUACGGCUAGCAGCCAAGAAGUUGGUAAUCCACUCGAAGGAAUGAUCCGAUCAGAAAAAGAUCGUCCUUUGAGGUCAUUCUCCGAGUCAUUGUGUCGUCGCUCCAGUCUCGUAAAUGCUUCUUGCAUGAUGCAAACCCUAGUCACUCUUUGUGUCCAAAACUGUAACUUGUAGCAACUUGUAAGAGAUCAUUAGCUGUUACAGAUAGUUUUUGAAAUGAUAUCGUUGUCUCAGUCA